AAAACGCUGAAUGUAAAGCAGUGCCAGGCAGGUGGGCGCAAGAUCGACACCUUCACUUGAAUUUUUAUCACAUUGUCUUUUCAGGAUCGCUUUAUUUAUACAAGUCACAAUGCGCUUUGGACACAAAUUUACUGCUUGUUUGCCUUCUGCAAAAACCCGUGAAGGGACAGGACGUGUCACAGCUGUGUCACCAAGGAGUCUGCGUCACUCUCUGCAGACCACACACCUCCGCGUCGGCCCAAGAGGAGCACCGGGAGAAGGACUCGUUCCUCAAGUGGCUCCUGCUCGCUGAUUCUGUCACUGCGUUUGGCCUUGGCACGUGGCAGGUUCAGAGGAGGAAGUGGAAGCUGAAACUGAUCGAGGAGCUUCAGAAGCGCACGUCUGUGGAGCCCGUGGACUUGCGCUGGAGUCCCAUGGAGCUGAAGGCCCUCGAGUAUCGGCGGGUGAAGGUGAGGGGCCGAUUUGACCACUCCAAGGAGCUGUACGUGAUGCCCCGCUCGCAGGUGGACCCCGAACGCGAGUCGAGGGACGCCGGGAGGAUCCUGUCAAGUGGCGACUCUGGUGCCAACGUCAUCACCCCCUUCUACUGCUCCGAUUUGGGGGUGACGAUUCUUGUAAACCGAGGAUUUGUACCAAGAAAGAAGGUCAAGCCAGAAACCCGAGAGAAGGGGCAGAUCGCCAAUGAAGUAGAACUGGUUGGCAUCGUCCGGCUGACAGAGAUGAGGAAGCCUUUUGUCCCACAGAAUGACAUAGAAGGGAACCACUGGCACUACCGGGACUUGGAGGCCAUGGCUCGAGCGACGGGCACAGAGCCCAUUUUUAUUGAUGCUGAUUUCGGCAGCACGGUGCCAGGAGGGCCAAUCGGGGGGCAGACCAGAAUUACCCUGAGGAACGAGCACAUGCAGUACAUCAUAACCUGGUAUGGACUCUGUGCUGCCAGCUCCUACCUGUGGUACAUGAAGUUCAUCAGAAGAGCUGUGAUGUGACAGCAGCCGGUGCCAGGCUGUGCCCCUUUUUAAAGAAGUACAGUAACAGGUCAAUAAAUUCACUUUUCAGAACAAGACAAAA